AUGACUCAAAUUCAUCCAAUCGAAAACCCGUUUCCCUAUGAAGGUAGGAUACUAUUACUUACAAAUUUACCAAAUAAUGUAUCACCAACACAAGUUAGGGACUUUUUGAUCAGCAAAGGCCGUUUAUUGAGAGUUGAUCUCGAAAAAGACUGCGGUGAUAGAAUAAGUGGUAGAGGCUUUGCCGAAUUCAACAAUCCAGAUGAUUGCCAAAGUGCACUUGAUUUAAAUGGCACACAGUUUGGCAGAAAUUCGAUUUAUUGCAUGGUUGCUGAUCAUCCACCACCAGAAUUAACACGAUACUAUCUUAGACAGCCUAUAAACAGACCUACUCCUGACAAAAUACGUCAAAAAAUGAUUAACGAAAUUAACAAUCCUAAUUACGAUCCUCAGGAAGUGACCAAUAUACAGCUGAAAAAGCGUCAUAUGUUUAUGCGUAGACGACGCACUCAGCAAUUACGAAAUAGUUUUGGAGAAAAUCAAGAAUUCGAUUCUGAUUACUCGGACUACUCAGAUUCAAGUUCCGAAUCUUACUCUGAUUAA